AUCCUUCUCUGUGAACACAAAAACGCGAAAUAAACAAACAAAACCAAAACAAAGUUAUUUUUCGUUACCCUAUUAAAAUUGAUCUUCCCCAUCUCCAAUCCAGACUUGCCCAGUGACUUGUGAUCGUGUCGGUUGGGGUAUAGAAGAGAUCGAAGUGGGUGAUAUUUGAGCAAGAUCAUGAUGAAUCGGCUAUUCGGGAAACCCAAACAGGAGUCUAAUGCUCUCCAAACUCUAGACAAGCUUAACGAGACGCUUGAGAUGCUAGAGAAAAAGGAGAAAGUACUCUUGAAGAAAGCUGGUCAAGAGGUUGACAAGGCAAAAGAAUUCACCCGGGCAAAGAACAAACGAGCGGCUAUACAGUGUUUGAAAAGGAAGAGGUUAUAUGAGCAACAAGUUGAACAGCUUGGGAAUUUCCAGCUCCGCAUACAUGACCAAAUGAUUAUGUUAGAAGGCGCAAAAGCAACAACCGAAACUGUUGAUGCAUUAAGGAGUGGAGCUUCUGCUAUGAAAGCAAUGCAGAAAGCAACAAAUAUUGAUGAUGUGGACAAGACCAUGGACGAGAUCAAUGAGCAGACCGAGAACAUGAAACAGAUCCAAGAAGCAUUGGCGACUCCAAUCGGGGCAGCGGCUGACUUUGAUGAGGCUGAUCUUGAACAAGAGCUUGAAGAUUUAGAAAGUGAAGAGCUUGAAUCGCAACUUCUACAGCCGGCAACAACCGCUCCAUUGCCUUCAGUUCCCGUGCCUGCAGGGCGUCAACCCGCCCGUCCUGUUCCCCAGAAGCGGACUGCUGAGGAAGAAGAACUCGCUGCAUUACAGGCUGAGAUGGCCCUCUAAGGUUAUUUACCUCUCCAAACAGAGACAUGUAUGCAUUGAUAAACAAGAACAGACGAUGUAUAUAAGGAUCUGAAUCAGAUUAAAUCAGAGCAACUUUUAUCUUCAUUAAUGUUAUCUGCAUUUGAGUGUUCUUCACAUAAUUUAUCUUUUGUAAUUUUUGUAUCUUUUAUGACACUUUUCCCUUUGAUUAAUAAUAAUAAACUAUACUCAUCUA